CAGACAGACAGACAGACAGACAGAGUGAUUUCAUGCCAUUUUUUUUCCAAAAAUAGCGAUGACACCUAAUUUCUACGAAUAGGCUACACGUAUGUUCGAGUUUCGAUUUUUUUUUGGCAUAGCCAUGUAUGCAUACCGCAUACUCCUAGACCUUUAUAAACGUGUGUAGUCCGUCUUCCCAAUCGGGACAAGUUGUUGACAGACAUACGAUUUUGUCGAGAUCAAUCAGUUCCUCCCAGGUGUUCAAAGACAAGAUAAUUUCAGUCAAAAGAUUCCACUGCUCAUCUUCUAAACAUCUUCUCAAGGAAAAAGAAAAAGUUUGAAAAAAAAAGGAGCAACAAAAAAAACCAACCCCGCAUUACCACAAACAAUGGCAGAUUCUGCGGCUACUGCUCCCACUAUCCAGACGUUUGUCAUGCUUGAUAUUGAGGCCACCGGGUUGCCCGAGGAAAACCCGAAAAUCACCGAGUUGUCGUUCGUCGCCGUGACCAGAGAGGCGAUAUUGAAGCCGAGAGCGGACGGCCAGACAUUGCCGAGAGUUCUGAAUAAACUCAACAUAGCCUUCCAACCCCACAAGAAUAUUGUCCCUAGAGCCUCUAGAGUGUCAGGUAUAGAGAACUGGAUGCUAUCUCAGAUGCACCCAUUUGGAGAACACAUUGGACUGUUGCGCCUAUUUCUUGAGAAACUACCCCAGCCUGUCUGCUUAAUUGCGUUUAACGGCGACAG